AUGACAAACAAAAUUUUAUAUCAUUGUAAGGUAUUUAAGGUAAAAAGAAGAUUUUCUAAUUUUAUAUACUGUAUAUCAUUGAAAAAGCAAGAUCAAGAAUCUAUUUUUUUAUUAAAAAAUCCAAUGUUAGUAUAUACAUUAGAAGAAAUAGAAAAAGUUGAAAAAAAAAGUCUUAUGUUGGAUACAUCAGUAGAAAUAAUUGAUGAUCAAGAUAUAAAAUUAGUUUCCGAUUUUACUCCUAAAUUUGAAAAAAAACAUAAAAAUUCUUCUCGUUCUGAAAGUAAUAUAGAAGAUAAAAAAAAUAAAACUAAAAUAAAAAAGAAAGCUCGUAGUCAAAUGAUUUUGGAUAAUGAUGAAAUUUUUAUUGACGACCAUAAAUUAAUUCCUAAUUCUAAUAAAGAUUCUGUAAAUAUUUCUUUGCCUAAACUCUCUAAGCAAAAAAAACAAAAGAAAAAAAUUAAAGUUAAGAAAAAUUUAUUAAAAGAUAUCUCAGAUAAUAUAAAUCUGAAUACAGAAUGUUUGCAGGAUGCAAAAAUUAAUCAUAAUCAUCUUGAUAAAAAUAUAGUAAAAAAAGAAAUAAUAAUAGAUAGUCCUUUAACAAUAGAACAAUUAGCAUAUAAAUUAAAUGUUCCGGAAGCUGCGAUAAUUACAUGGCUAUUCUUACAAGGUGUUUCUGUAACUAUUAAUCAAGUUGUUGAUAUUUCGAUAGCUUCUCAAGUUGCAAGUCAUUAUGAUUUUACUAUAUUAGAUUCAUCUAUUCAUACAAAAGAAAAUCAUAAAAAUAAGAUUGACAUUAUAAAUGGUCAAAAGAGAGCUCCAAUUGUAGUUAUUUUCGGACAUGUAGAUCACGGUAAGACUACUUUAUUAGACAGUAUUAGAAAAACUAAUACAGUCUCUCAUGAAGUAGGUGGUAUUACUCAAUCGAUUAUAGGUUAUGAAGUUGAGCACCAAUACUUUGCGACGAAAGAACAAUUAGUCUUUUUGGAUACGCCUGGUCAUCAAGCUUUUUCAAGUAUGAGAUUAAGAGGAGCUCAAGUAAGUGAUGUAGCUAUUUUACUAGUUGCUGCUGAUGAUGGAUUAAAAAAACAAACUAUUGAAGCGAUUGAUUAUAUUAUGAAUAAUCAAAUACCGUACAUAGUUGCUAUUAAUAAAACUGAUAAGUUAGAUCUUAAUCUUUCAAUAGUUAGAGAACAGUUAGCAAAUUAUAAUAUUGUUGACCAAAACAUGUACGGUAAUAGUAAUAUAAUAGAAAUCAGUGCUUUAACGGGUAAAAAUAUAGACUUAUUGUUAAAUCAAAUAUGUGAACUAUCUAAUAAAUUAUCUUUAAAAUCCGAUAACAAUUCUCUAGCUCAAGGUACGAUUUUAGAAUCUUAUUUAGAUAAACAAAUGGGAGCUGUUGCAAAUAUUGUAAUUAAAAAUGGUGCACUAAAAGUUGGGCAUACAAUAGUUUCAGGUAAUACUUAUGGACGUAUUAAAGCAAUUAUGGAUCAUACAGGUUCAAAAAUUAAUUAUGCUAUAGCUUCUUCAGUCGUAAAUAUUUAUGGUUUUCCUUCUAUACCUGAAGCAGGUCUUCAUUUUCAAGUUAUAAAAAGCGAGAAAAAUUCUAAAUAUUUGAUAAAUAAAUACAUUCAUAAGCAUACAGAGUCUAAUAUUAAUAAAUCAUUAAAUAAACGAAUUACAUUAGAUAGUUGUAGUAAUAAAUCAAGACUUAAGCAAGUUAACUUAAUUAUUAAAGCUGAUACACAAGGUUCCAUAGAAGCUAUAAUAAAUUCUUUGGCACAAAUACCGCAAGAUAAAGUGCAACUUAAUAUAUUGUCCGCAACUUCAGGAUGCAUAUGUCAUAAAGACAUUGAUUUAGCAACUACUAGUAAAUCAGCUAUUAUAGGUUUCAAUACUAAUAUAGAAACUACCAUUAGUAAGUUAGCUAAGAAAUUAGAUCUCAAUAUACAAAAAUUUGAAGUGAUUUAUGAUUUAUUAGAAUAUCUUCAAGAUUAUAUGCUAAAUUUAAUGGAUAUUGAAUAUGAUAAAGUAGAAAUUGGAGAAGCUAUUAUUAAAACAGUCUUUCAUGUUAAUAAAGGUAUGGUUGCAGGUUGCAUCGUAAAUCGAGGUAAGUUAAAAAGAAAUGCACAUAUAGUAAUUUACCGUGAUAAAGAAUUACUUUAUAAAGGUAAAUUAGAUUCUUUAAAGCACAUGAAAGAUAAUAUUGAUGAAGUCUUAGAAGGAAAUGAGUGUGGCGUUAUGUGUAAUAAUUAUAAUGAUUUUAUAAAAUUUGAUAUUAUAAAAGCUUAUGAACUUAUUAAAGUACAAAAAGUUUUAUAG